AUGGCGGCUGCGGGACACGGAGCGGCGGCGUGCGGCGGGGAGGGAGAGGCCGCGGCCUUCGUGGCGGGGCCCCCCUGCGCCUUCUCGCCCCACGAGCGCCGCUUCCUGGCCCUCUCCGGGCCGGACGGGCGGCUCCGGGUGUGGGAGACGCCGAGCAGCCGCCUGCAGCACGAGUACGUGCCUUCCGCCCACCUCAGCGCCGCCUGCACCUGCCUGGCGUGGGCCCCGCCGGGCGCGGGGGGAGGAGGAGGAGGAGGAGGCCGGCUGGCCCCUAGCAAGGAAGGCCCUCAGAGGAAGAAGAGGAAAUCAGAAGUUAUAGAAGCAGGUGAACAGUUAGAUCUUUUGGCUAUUGGUACUGCUGUUGGAAGUGUUUUAUUAUACAGCACAAUAAAAGGAGAAUUACAGAGCAAACUAAACGGCCACGACAAUAAAAUAAACUGUGUACGGUGGCAUCAAGACAACGGUUGCUUAUAUAGCUGUUCAGAUGACAAAAAUAUUGUGGAAUGGAACACACAGACAUGCAAAGUGAAGUGCAAAUGGAAAGGCGACAACAGCAGUGUGAGCUCAUUGUGUAUCAGUCCGGAUGGGAAGAUGCUUCUUUCUGCUGGUCGAUCUAUCAAAUUGUGGGACUUGGAGACCAAAGAAGUCUACAGACAUUUCACAGGGCAUGCCACACCAGUUUCAACGCUUAUGUUCAUCACAGUAAGGCCGCCCAAUGAAAAUCAACCCUUUGAUGGGAUUACAGGGCUCUAUUUCUUGUCCGGGGCAGUGCACGACCGGUUACUGAGUGUGUGGCAGGUGAGGUCAGACAGGAAAGAAAAGAAUGCUGUGAUGUCUUUUACAGUUACGGAUGAACCAAUCCAUGUUGACCUCACAAUAUCAGAAAGCAAAGAAGAGCCUGUGAAACUAGCAGUCGUAUGCAGAGAUGGGCAGUUGCACUUAUUUGAGCAAGUCUUGAAUGGAUACUGCAAAAAGCCCUUGACAUCAAGCCGUGCUAUCCAGAUAGCAACACCUGGAGAGGGUACUGAUUCCACACCAAAGCCAGUUCCUAUUCUGGCUGCUGCAUUUGGUUCAGACAAGCAGUCCUUGUUACUUGUAUAUGGAAAUUCCUUACAGCCAAUCAUUGAGAGAGUGACCCUCAGUACUCCGGAAACUUACACAUGUUUAGUGAGGGAUGUUCAGAAGACCUUGGCACUUAAAACAGAAAUGGCUGUAACAAAGGUGAAGACUCCCAUAGUGAACUCAGAAGCCAAAAUGCUAAUACCUGGAAUUCCUGGACAUAGUGCAUCUGUCAGAUCUUCAUCUUGCAGAGAGAAAAUUGAAAAUAAGAGGAAGCCAGGUGGCAAAGAGGAGAGCAUUGAAGACCGCCUUGGUGCCAUGGAUAUUGAUGUGAUGAAAAUAAAAUCGCCGUCCGGAGGCCUUCCACAGACUGACAAUUUUGCAGUGCUCUUAGUUCAGGGUUUGGAAAGCAGUGAUCCUGAGAUCUUAAAUAAAGUGCUUCAAGUCAAAAAGGAAGCGUUAAUAAAGAAAACUGUAGCCAGAAUACCUGUACAUGCUGUCAUUCCACUGCUGCAUGAGCUCACAAAAAGAUUGCAAGGUCACCCAUACAGUGCCUCACAAAUGGUUCGGUGGCUGAAGUCCGUUUUAACUACACAUGCAUCUUACCUUUCAACAUUGCCCGAUCUGGUCCCCCAGCUGGGAAUGCUGUAUCAGUUAAUGGAGAGCAGAGUGAAGACUUUGCAAAAGCUCUCUCGCUUACAUGGGAAACUCUACCUUCUUAUCACCCAGGUUGCUGCAUUAGAACAGGCUCAGGACAAAACUGAUGUUAACCAGACUGCAAAGCUGGUGUAUGAAGAAGAAUCAUCAGAAGAAGGUUCGGAUGAUGAGAUGGCUGCUGAAAAAGAUUCAGAUGAGAACUGGGAUGAAGAUGAUGAGGGAGAGGAUGGUGAGGAGAAAGAUGAGGGAGAAGGAGACUCAGACAAUGAGCAAGAAAUGGCUGUAGAAAAAGAAAUUAAUGGAGAAUCAGAUUUGGACCCAGAAAAUGAAAGUGAAGAAGAAUAGCACCAACAUUUAAAAGAAACCAAUCCUUUCCGAAAGA